CACUACUACUGAGUACAUGACAUGUGAGACUUCUGCCUUAUAUGGAAAAAGGAAACUGAAAGUCCAAGAUGGCAAAUGGACCAGCCUUGUCCACUGCUAGAAGUGGGGAAAUGUUGGAUGUUCUCAAUGCAAAUCAGUUUGAAGGAGAGUUCAUUGAUCAAGAAGUUGUAAAACAGGCAGAGGAAAACUUUUACAGAGGGGGCCCACCCAAAUGGUUAAACUUUUACAUUAGUGAACAGGCAGAAUCAGAUGGCACUGGAACUCCUUUCAUCACACGAGACGGAUACGACAAACUUAAGGAACAAAUUCUUCAACAGAAGAAAUUCCCCGGAAUAUCAACUGUUAAACUAUUCCACCAGCCAGGUUGUGGGGGGACCACACUGGCAAUGAAGGUGUUAUGGGACUUGAGGAAAACCUUCAGAUGUGCUGUUUUAACAGGCUCAACCUCAGACAUCACAAAUGUUGCCAAGGAGGUGGUCCACCUUUUCACAGCAGGCAGUCAACAGAAAACUGUGCUGCUGUUAGUGAAUGAUGAGCAGAUUUUGGAAAAUCUGCAAGACAACAUUAUGGUAAAGAUUGCUGAGCAGCAGAGAGUCAAGCGUAUGCCUGUGGUGAUAUUCCUUAACUGCGUUAGAAAGGAUGCCCUUCUACAAAACAGUGACCAUGUCGUAUUACAAAAAGAACUUUCUAACACAGAGAAGCAAAAGUUUGAUGAGAAAAAUAAAGAACUUUGCAGAAAGUACAGUGACAAAUGCAACCAAUUCCAUGGCUUUAACAUAAUGCACACUAAUUUCUCUAAAGCUUACGUCGAACAAGUAUGUGAAGUAUUCAGCACAAUCCGAAGAACAAAUAAACCAAAGAAAACCCAGCUUGCUGCCUUCAUAUCACUGCUGAAUGCCUAUGUACCAGGCUCAUAUCUCCUGGAGUCUCAGUGCCUGGACUUCAUCAAACAUGAUGACUACAUUAAUGGAGACUUUUCACUGGAGGACAGAAUGGAGCCCUUUAGCCAUCUCAUCAUCACCUUCCAAGAAGCAUCUGGAAAAAAAGUCUGCAUGGCUCACCAUAUGAUAGCACAGUGUUGUACUGAAUUGAUGGUAGAGGCGGGUGUGGCCAGAAGUAACACAGCAAAAAACCAAAUUGACCACUUUGUGCAGAGAUGAGGUU